AGGAGUGCAUGUGUACUGCGGAAUAAUCAGUGCCAUCGCCUCCUUGUGUGCAGUUAUUGAUCUUUCCAUGCGCUCCUGUGUCGCACUUCCAGCCUGUUAGUCAUGUAGCUGAGAGUGAAAGUCCAAAAUCAAUCGUCAGGACAACUGCUCGAGCCUUGUUCUAGGUUCUUUGGGGUAAAAGUGGGAGGAGCGUUGAAAAGUGGAGGUGGUUACCAUUGUCAGAACUAGAAAAACUUGCCAGGAAAGUGGGAGGUUUUUGAGUGGUGCUUGCUGCAUGCAUGGCGCCUGAACACGCAGUUAUGGAGGCGCUGAAGAACAAGCCGCGGCGCUCUGUGCUCUUUUUGAUAUGCGUUUUGUGCCUUCAACUGCAGGGAUCUUUCGCUGGAGACUGUCCAGCAGAUGGAAGGAUGUGGGUGCCUUUUAAUGACAGAUGUUACCAUUUUGUGCAUGGAGAAGAGGAUGCCAUCAAAAGCUACACCUUAGAAAGAGCAAAAACAUUCUGCCAGGGAUUUGAGCUUUUGACGAUUCAGAGCGCAGAGGAGAACGACUUUGUCAUGAAGUACAGUCCACAGGUGUGGAAAGGCAACGUCAAUGUGUGGCUGGGAAUGUUUUUUGACACAAACAGUGAAGACAUGAGGUGGCCGGGUAAUGAGCCAGUGGAGUACAUUAACUGGGAGUACAGCUCGUCCCCUUCAGACCUAGUGCCUGUGGACACGUGUGUUGCUCUGCACACUGUGUCCGGGAGGUGGGAGAAUGUCAGCUGUCUGGACGAAGUGGAGAAUGGAGUCGUGUGUGAGACUGCACAAAAAACGGUGAACUCCACUCGCAAGCCAAACGCCGUGUUAUCCGCCCUGGUCAUUCUCAGCGUGGUGGCCAUCAUGGGAAUCUCCGCCGUAAUCUGGUUCCUGCAACAGAAACACAACGUCGGCUCGAGCUUUCUCUCCGCGUUCGAGUACCACCCUCCCUUCCGAGUCCUGGACAAUGACCAGUCCUGCCUGGUGGAGACUGAGGAGACAGAUAGUGUGCCAUAGGUUAAUUAGAACAAACCAGUUUCAAAUAAGUCAGUGAUUAAUAAGUACGUUUUAAUAAUUGAAAUUUUCUAUGUCUAUGGGUUGAGUUUGAGUGAAAGGGAUAGUCCAGUAUUUGGUAAAAUGUCCACUGUUACAUUUAUAUAAUACCACAGGCUGGUGCAUGUUAAAGGUCCUGUACCUGAUUUUUAUAAUUUUUUUCUCCAUGUAUUUGAGCAAAAUUUGCCCAGUGAAAUUUAUUGUCAGGUUAUUCUGGAAGUGUGCAAUAGCAUGUUGUUGUAGCUUUAUCGUCACUGCGGUUUCCGCUCUGGUCUCUGAAAGUUGUGAAAAGUGCUUAUAAACACGGUGCGGAGAAUUACUGGGACGCUCACUCUGUGUAAGGGAAGUGAGGAAUAACUUUGGACCACUGCAAACUUUGUAAAAAUCAGUUUUUCACAUUUUUUAGACGGUAAAAAUCAGGUACAGCACCUUUAUUGGAGGCCUGUAUUUAAGUUACAAUACCAAAACCCAACCAUAAAUUUUUUUUUUUGUUGGCCUUGUAAGUGUGCAAUCAGCAGACACCAACACUUUUUUGAUGGGUAUUUUAAGUAUUUUAAGGAAAUUCAAGACAGAUUUGCUGACCAUCUCCUCUUAUUGUAUUAGCCCCCCCUUUUUUAACUUGUUUUGAUGAUGACGGACACAAUCCAGCAAUCCUGUCUAAACCUUUUUGACAUUUUAGAAAGAACUCGUUCAAUAAGAGGCAUUGUAUUUAACUGAUUUUAAAGCAAAAUUGGUGUGAGUGAAGGCCACAUCCUAUUAUUGAUUUAGUACUGGAAAACAUUGAAUUUUAUUUCACUUUCCUAGACUUAAAUUCAAGUGCAUACGUUGCCAUGUUUUUAUAAUGAUUACAUUUGGUGAGAUAAUUGUGGUUAAUAAUUGUCAUAGUUAUAGCAGUUUGUGGUGAUAGAAUAAAAUGUAUGUCACCAAUCCAUCAAAUUCCAUCCAAAUUUCCAUACAAGGAACACAUUUUUCUGACGGGUUAAACACUCAUUUAAGAAAAUAAAGUUGUGGUCACAUGUUUUUAUUUGUCUAAUCUGACCUAUUGUAUGAAUUCGAUGAACUUUGGCCCUUGUCUAUAGUCUAUGGUGGCCAGUUAGGUAACACUUAUGGAUUUACCUCUGCACUACAUUUGUUGCCGAUGUCCAACCAGGAUGUAAAAUAAUAAAUUUAACCAAACUUUUUAAAGAACCUGUCAUAUGUACACUAAGCAAAAAGUUUAGCUGCUUUGAUUUGUUUCUAAACUUUAUGGAAUAAUGGAAAUAUUCAUACAAAAGUGGUCUCAAAUCCAAAUACUGUAUCAUCCCUCAAAAGCAGCAGCUCAUGUGAUCUGAGGGCUUACUAACUUCACUAUGGCACAUCUUACCACUUUUGCUAAAAUCAAGUGUUUUCUUGAUAUGAACUUGAAUGUAGAAUAUGCAUUUUUGGGAGAUUACACAUGGUUACGUCAGAGUAUUAGUUAGCUGUGAUUCUUUUCAAUAGAGGCGUACUGUGCAGGUAAAGGGCUGCUGUAAUGGAGUCACAGAACAAUUAAACUGGCUCUGGAAUUUUUAAAGUACUAAAUGAAAAUGUGCUCAUUACAUUUCAAUUUCAUUAUUUCAAUUUAAUUUCAAUUUAAACUACAUAAUAGUGAACACUGAAUGUCCUCUGAAAUUACAAUUUUAUUUUAUUUGUUUUAGAAUUGUUAGUGUUAAGACAAUCAAUAUUUUGCUAUUGAUGUGAAUUCAGAAUGUUGCAAGUUGCCUUUCCAUGUUUUGUAAAUGUGAUGUGAUGGCCUUAAAGCAGCAGCAUGAUUGCUUCUGUAUAAAAGGAGUGAACAAUUUGGCAGUUUCUGAGCCCUAAUGUUUUGCAAAAUAAAGCUUGUUUAAAUUUUUUUUUUCCUAUUCGAGUUAUUACCCUUAAAAUAUUAAAAUGAAACCAAAUUGAAUGGAAAAUAUUUAG